AUGUAAAAGAGCUGCUUUUUAUUUUUACAAUAACUUUAGAAAGCAUUACAGAAAAAAUACUUACCACAGAAUAAUGCUGCAAUUAAUUAUUUUAUGUAGUAUUCAGGAAGUAACUGGAAUGACUAAGGUGAUGUCGAUGCCUGUUUAAGGUAGCCUACAAUGAAUUUUGUCGAGGUAGUUGCUGGUUAGGUCGUUAAGCUUUUUAGGGGUCUUUGUUUGCCUUCUGCAUGCGAUGCUUAAUUUUUAAAUGACAACAAGGAUUUUAUUUUCACAAAAUCAUAAACGUUUCAUUUGCCUUAAGGGAUUAAACCCUCUGAUAUAGAAUUUUAACAAUAUCCUUCUGCUCCUUUCGAUUAUUCUUAAGCUUCUUUUAUAAUUAUGACUUGCUUCUUUUCACUAUUUAUUUUUUGCUUUAUAGGUGCUUAUGUAAUUUCUAAGACUAAAAAUAGAGCUACCUCAUAGUUAACAAAAUCUCAAGUAUCUAACACUACAUCUGUAGCUUCAGUAAUUGUUUAAAGAAAUUAGAUUGAAAGACCUCUUAUUGAUAAAUCUGGUCCAACAGAAAGAACUGAAACAGCUACCGAUCUUGAAGCACUGAGAGAUUUGAAGUAAUUUGAGAAGAAAAAACCUUUUAUAAUUAAGGUUAUAGAAUGCUGGAAUUUAAAAGAUAAUUUGGAUAAAAUUCUCACACUAAAUGUAAGCAACAAACAAUUAAUGGCUUUCAAUUGUCUCCGUGUCAUAAGCUUCUGUUAAGUUAUUCUUGGCCAUGGAUUUUUUGUAAAUACUUAAUACUUUUCAAAUUUCUAAGACUUUUAAAUCAUCUAAAGCUAGCCUUUCCUCUUAUUUGUUUUCGGAUGCUUGUACUCAGUUGAUGUCUUUUUCUUCCUUGGAGGCUUUUUUGUAGCCUAUGUCUCAGCUGAUCCUAAAUUCAUGACUUUCUUUUCUUUAAAAAAGCCAGUUAAAGCUUUUAUGGCCUAUUUCAUGGCUAUUGUUAAUCGUUUAUUCAGAAUUUCGCCUUCAUAUUACAUAGUUUUAUUUAUUGUUUGGAAAUACACAGACUUUUUAGCAUCUUCUCCCACUUGGCCCCAAUAUGAAAUAUUCUCAUCAGAUUGCGAUUCUAUAUGGUGGUAGAAAGUAUUAUAUAUUGAUAACUUUACUACUGAUUCAACAAAAUGUUUCGUAUGGUCAUGGUAUCUUGCCUGUGACAUUUAAAUGUUUGUAGGUUCUCUCUUAUUAAUAAUAAUCUAUGCUAAUCAUAGAAUUGUUGGAAAAAUUUCUAUAAUCCUAGCCUGUAUAAUAAGUGUGAUAUUUGGUAUACUCCUUGCUGAUAAGCACAACUAUCAUAUAACUAUUUCAUAGCUAACUGUUCCUACAGCUAAUUAUUACACAAAACCCUAUUUUAGAUGCCCUCCUUACUUAGUUGGCCUUUACCUAGGUAUCCUCUAUAAAGAAUUUACUUCUUUGAAAGGGGAUGACAAAUAAUCUAAAACAGGUUUUGCAAAAAUAUAAAAACUAGUACAAAAUAACCAAUAUAUUAAAUGGGUUAUGUAUAUCUUAGGUUUGGGCAUAAUUUCCGUCUUAAUAUUUGGUCCUCGUUAGCUUUAGGUUCAUGGAAAAAAUUAUUGGAAUAAACAUGUUUAGCAUAUUUGGUAUGGAGUUUGCAGACCUUUAUACGUAAUCGGAGUUACUCUCAUAAUAUUGCCAGGAAUGUGUGGUUCUAAUGAUCUAAUUAUGAGAGUAAUGAGUAGUAAAGUCUUCUAACUUUUAGCUAAGCUUACUUAUUAAGGCUAUUUAGUACAUUUUGUAAUCCUCACAUAUACACUUUGGAGCUUUAAAGAUCCAAUAUACCUAAACAAUGAAAAUAUCAUCUCACUUUACAUUGUUUAAUUGCCCAUCGUUUUAUUUAUUUCUUUCUUGUUUGUCCUCUUUUUCGAAUAGCCAUUCACUAACUUAGCUAAUAUUCUAUUUGCCAGUAGAAAGUAAGCCCAAAGGACACAAAGACCCGAAUAAGAAAAGAUAAAGAGCAAAUAAAUCAAUUGA